AAUGUUAAUGGGACUAUGGCCCCCAAAUUCCCCGUGAACGCCCCUGUUUCUCCCGGAAAUGAAGCCUCAUCCUCCCCAGAAGGGAAGCACGAACAUGAGCAGUCCGUGAACUGUGGUGGCUGGAGCGUCCACUUUCACUGCGCAGGUUACCGAGUUGUUUGCAGGCGUGAGGCUCAGGUGUUGUGGAGGAAGAUGAAUGACUUUGCAGUUCUCAACACUGGGAGGAAGAUGCCCCUGGUUGGACUGGGAACGUGGAAGAGCGAGCCGGGGAAGGUGAAGCAAGCAGUCACGUGUGCGCUGGAAGCUGGUUACCGCCACAUCGACUGUGCUGCCAUCUAUGGCAACGAGACAGAGAUCGGAGAAGCUCUGCAGGAGAUGCUCGGCCCCAGCAAGCCUCUGAGACGAGAGGACGUCUUCAUCACCUCCAAACUGUGGAACACCCGGCAUCACCCAGAGGACGUGGAGCCUGCCCUCCUGAAGACGCUGAAGGAUCUCCAGCUGGAGUACCUGGAUCUCUACCUCAUCCACUGGCCCCACGCUUUCCAACGGGGUGAUGUUACAUUUCCCAAAAAGGAGGACGGCAGCUUGAUUUAUGACCACAUAGACUACAAGCUAACGUGGGCUGCUAUGGAGAAGCUGGUGGAGAAGGGGCUGGUCCGCUCCAUUGGUCUGUCCAACUUCAACAGCAGGCAGGUGGACGACAUCCUCUCUGUGGCCAGCAUCAAACCAAUGGUUCUUCAGGUAGAGAGCCACCCCUACCUGGCUCAGGUAGAGCUGCUGGCUCACUGUCGAGACCGGGGUCUGGUGAUGACGGCGUACAGUCCUCUGGGCUCUCCUGACCGCGCUUGGAAACGUUCAGAUGAACCCGUCCUGCUGCAGGAGCCUGUUGUGACCUCAAUGGCAGAGAAAUACCAAAAGUCUCCGGCUCAGAUCCUCUUGAGGUGGCAGAUUCAGCGAGGCGUGGUGGUGAUUCCUAAGAGUGUGACCGAGUCCCGCAUCAAGGAAAACAUCCAGGUGUUUGACUUCAGUCUGGAACCAGAGGAGGUGAAAAGCAUCACGGCAUUGAACAGAGGCUGCCGUUACAUCGUUCCAAUGAUAGAAGUGAGAGCUAAAAAUACAGUCGGUGGUGGUGGUGCACGGCUCCAGAGACGUGACUUUGCAUUCUGGGUGUUACAGGUGGAGGGGCAGCGUGUUCCCAGAGACGCAGGACACCCUCUGUACCCCUUCAACGACCCGUACUGAGGUGCGAGGCUGCAGCCGGACUCUGUGCCUUCAGCCCCUUUAAAGCUCCUGAAGCUGCCAUGUCAGUUUGUGUCAGAGUGAAGACUGAACACAGAAAUAAAUAUUUUUGUUACUUCUCUUUGCAGCGUCUGAUCUCUGUUGGAGGGAAUCAUUUUAUCACUUUUGUUCUUUGGCUCAUAAAAGACUUUAAUCC